UUGUGUCUAAAUUCCAACCAAGUUGAUAACACUAUAUCUAAUUUCAAAGGUCAUGAAUUUUGGGAUAGUAACUUUCUUCAACAAUGCAUUUUUCCCAUAAACAAACCAUCAGGUCACUCCUGCUAUACAUAUCGCAUUGAGUUUGAAUACGUAAAGCUGGAAGUACUUAGCUCUGAUCCGAUUCUCCUUGUUUAUCACAACUUUGUACCAAUGCGAGAUAUAAAGGGAUUCUUGGCAGAUGCAGAGUCUAAAGCGAUGGAACAACUUGUAGCAAACGGAAGUGAGAUGGAUCAUGAAGAAACCGACGCAGUUAGAGUAGUUUUUCGAAAGAUAGAAAAAUCAAUUCCCGCAGUGGAUUUCAAAAGAAGCGAGAUCUGGGAGGUCUCAUCAUACUUGCCCGGGGGUCAUUAUGCACCUCACUACGACUACAUCGACUACAAGGAAGGAAGGCAUUGGGAUCAAGAUAUGCGAGAUUUUGGAGGACGUUUUGCAACUCUCCUUCUAAUUUUGCAAACAGCAACGAGAGGCGGAGGUCUAUUUCGACAAUCAUACAAUCUAAGCCUAUCAAUUUUUUUAGAAACUGUGUUUCCAUCGUUGUCCCACACUAUUAGUCCCAAACCUGGAGAUAUUCUUUUUUGGACGAACAUAGACAGAAUAGGAAAUAAAGUAAGUUAAUA